AUGAGUUCAUACAAUCCUGAAACAAAAAUUUGGUCGAGCAAAGGUCAACCAUCAAUUUACAAUCCAAAAGCAAGUCUCGGUGAACUUGUUUUACAUUCUCUAAAAAGAAAUCCCGAUAAAGUUUGUGAAAUAAGUGACGAUUAUGGAACUCAACUUACAUUCAGCGAACUUAUGAAACGAAGCAUUCAAGUUGCUGAAGCUUUAAAAGAAGAUUAUGGAGUGAAGUUUGGAGAUGUUGUUUCGAUCGUCAGCAAGAAUAAUCCUGAAGUGUCUUCUGUCGUAUUUGGAUGUAUUUUCAAUGGAUGUGUUAUUAAUUCGUUGGAUAUGUUGCAUGCUCAAAUCGACUUUGAUCAUCUGAUUGGAUUGAUGAAACCAAAAUUUGUAUUUGUUGAAGUUGAAGUGAUUGAAAAAGUUCAAAGCGCGAUUAAUAAACACAAACUUGAUACGACAUUUUUCUGCUUUACGGACAUUAAUGGGAAAACUCAUUCCGGAAUUACGCCAGUUCGAAGUUUCUUUGAGAAAGUUCUUGAUUUUAAGGUUGAAGAUUACCUUCCUGCUUUUGUUGAGGACACCUCGAAGCAGAUUGCCUUCAUCAUGUGCUCCUCUGGAUCAACAGAUGUGAGCAAAGGAGUUUGUUUAUCACACGCUCAAAUAAUUUCUCAAGCAUCACGUCUCUUUGAAUUUUACGAGUAUGACAUUACGUAUGUUUCAAGCACGUUAUACGGUAUUACGGGAUUCGCGAAUUUGUUAAGAGCAACUAUUGAGGGAGCAACUCGUAUUAAUUCAACGAAACCUGUAAAUCCUGAGUUGUUCUUCUAUUUGAUCAAAAAAUACAAAGUUAGUUUUACAUUUGUAACACCUGCACUUAUCGCUCAAUGUUUGGAUUCUUCAGAGCUGUCAAAUGCAAAUCUUUCAUCUGUAACUCGAUGUUAUACUGGCGGAAGCCUUUUACUUGGAGAACUUCAAAUUUCGUUUGAAAAACAUUUGAUAAAUGGAAAGCUUGUUGUUUGUUAUGGAAUGACUGAAACUGCAACAGCAUCGACUCGUAAUUCUGUUGGAAAACCUGGAUCUGUUGGUAUUUUACAAAAUGAAACUAAAAUGAAAAUUGUUUCAAGUGAGGGAAAAUUGUUAGGUCCAAAUGAACAAGGGGAAAUUUGUAUCUCGAGUUCUUAUCUAUGUCUUGGAUAUUACGGGGAAGAAGAAAAAACAAAGAAACUUUUCGAUAAAGAUGGUUGGAUUUGUUCAGGAGACUUGGGAUAUUUUGACGAAGAAGGUUACUUGUUCAUUGUUGGAAGAAUUAAAGAACUCAUCAUAUACAAAGGAGCACAUAUUGCUCCCGGAUCAAUUGAAAAACUCGUCAAAGAGUACACAGGCUUAUCUCAAGUUUGUGCAGUUCCUAUUGAAGAUUACAAACAAGGAACUGAAUUACCAGCUGUAGUUGUAAUUCGCCCGAAAGAUUUCCCGUUAAGUCAAGAAGAGAUUGUGAAAGUUCUCGACGAGAAAUUAGAUUAUAAAAGAAAACUUUUAGGAGGUGUAUAUUUCGUUGACAUCUUUCCACAGACUGCCACAGGAAAAGUUUUACGAAGAGAAUUAAAGGUAUUAGCUAAUCGUUUAUACUUAAGUAAAAAACAAAAUGAUGAGAAGAUGAUGUAA